AUGGCUAGCUCUAGGGAUUUUGCUACAAUGUUAUGUAUUAUGUUCAUGGCUCUCAUUUUUGUAAAAACCAUGAGCAAUCCAAUUGAGGUUGAUGCAGUUGAUGGUUGGUUCAAUGCACAUGCAACUUUCUAUGGUGACAUGUCUGGAAAGGCAACCAUGCAGGGAGCUUGUGGCUAUGGUAAUCUAUUCGACCAAGGGUAUGGACUCGAAACAACAGCUUUAAGUUAUGCACUGUUCCAGAAUGGAGCAACUUGUGGUGCUUGUUAUGAGAUCAAGUGUGUGAAUGAUCCACAAUGGUGUUACCCUAAAGCCGGUUCCAUCACCGUCACCGCGACCAACUCCUGUCCUCCCAGCGACAAGCCACCGCAAUGGUGCAACUUCCCGAACCAACAUUUCGACUUGUCCAUGCCGAUGUUUGUAAAACUAGCCAACUACAAAGCCGGAAUCAUCCCCGUCCAGUACCGACGAGUACCUUGUGUGAAGAAAGGUGGGAUUAGGUAUGAGAUUACCGGGAAUCCUUAUUACAUAAAGGUGUUGGUCUUCAAUGUUGGCGGCGAUGGUGUUGUGAGGGCUGUUAAUAUUAAGGGAUCGAAGAGUGUUUGGAGUUCAAUGAGGCGCGAUUGGGGCCAAAAGUGGGUGACUAACUCUCAAUUGGUUGGGCAAGGUUUGUCAUUUCAAGUGGCGACUAGCGAUGGUAGGAUGGUGACUGAGUAUAAUGUUGUGCCUGCUAAUUGGAGGUUUGGCCAAACAUUUUCAGGCAAAAUUAAUUUCUAG